GCUUGGUGACCAUGGUUGUGAAAGGGUGUAGGUUUGGCUGAGCGCUCCACACACCCACGCGAGAGAGAGAUAUAGAGGAGAUCGACACAAGUACUCUUCAUCUACUAGUACCAACGCGUGUGGCUUAUAUAUACAGAAGUGUUUAGAAUUAUAGUGAAUUGUAAAAAAAUAACAGAACUUUACAAAACUCUCUAAGAUCGAACGAUAUUCAGAACAAAAGCAUGAAUUUAAUUGGCAUAACCUGAAAGAAUUUCUUCUGGACGCUGAGGAAACAAACUGGGUUGAAAAAGGAAGAAAAAAAUUUUCCGAAAGACAAAUACAGAUAUCGAGAUCAGACAACAGACACUAAGUGAGAAACUUCCCAAAUCAUCCUUAUCAUCACCAUAAACUGUAUGGAAAUAUUUUUAGAAAAAUGAAGCCCAUCUUAACAUUACUGUUUCUACUGCUGGUUCCCAAGGAUUUGGUAGUCAACAGCGAGGAAGAGAAUUUUUCUACUGAAAUCAUCGCAGAUGAAUCCGCGCCAGAUCCUCUCUUACUUGGAGGAGAAAUUGAAGAAGAAGAACAGGAAGAAGAGAAGAAGAAGAGAGGUAUUGGGAUCAUUGGAGAAACGGGCAUCAGCGAAGGAACGAUAGUGGGCCUUAGGGGUUCAGCCGAGGACUCUGAGGCAGCUGCCAGACUACCAAAGCCCGAGGCACUUCAAGGAGGUCCACAGACUUUGCAAGGUCUUCACAUCGGAAGGAUACCUCACUCUUGUGCUCUCUGUUCCAGGGAAAGAAAUCUCUGUAGGAUUAUCUCUGGUAUUUUCACGAGGUCACCACUGCCCUAUGGAUACUCUCUGGUGACUCCCAUCCCAGCCGGGGUCUGCAAUCUCUCCAUCACUGAAAUGAAGCCUUCCAAGAAUUUCUUCGCACUACGACGUCCUGACGGAACUUAUGUCCUAAAUGGCAAUUGGGGCAUCCAAGCAGCAGGCCAGUACCUCAUCGGUGGUACAACCUUCACCUACACCCCUUCAGAUGAAGACAGCGGUGAGCAGCUCACAGCUCCAGGACCAUUGCGAGAACCUAUCGAACUUACGCUAAUAUCACAGAGUCCAAACCCAGGUAUCAAGUAUGAAUAUAGACUUCCUGUUCAAGACUUCCAAGGUGGAAAUCCUGCACUGAGCUCGCCGAGUGGAGGACUUCUGCCUAACAUGGGAGGUAUAUCUGGGACACUUGGACAAUCGCCAUCAACAUUCCCUCAAGGAUCAUCAAGUAUUGGUUCCAUAAACCCGAAUCUCGGUGUCAGAAAUCCCACCACAUCAGGCAGCAGUAGUACCAGCAUUUUCCCACUGGUUGGAAGUCAGGCCCUAAUUCCUGGACGAGGGGCAUAUGGCCCAAAUAAUCCCAACAUUGUAGCUGGUAGCUUGGGUCCAUUGAACCCUGGAAUUACCCCUAGUGGAGGAAUAAACAGAGGUAGAGGGCUGGGUGGCUUUAACCCAGGUAGUGUCCCAGUCCAGAGGGGAAGUGCUCAGAGUGGCACUGGUAUCAACCCUGCAACAGGAACACAAGGAAUAAAUCCAUCUUUCACUGUGGCUCAACCAAGGACUCCAGUGAAACCCUCAGAUGCUCUUGGAACUAGGGGAUCCUCUGGAAUCCCUGGUGUCUUGCCCCACCUUCAGCCAAUAACUCCUCUAGGAACUUCACAAGGUUCCUCCAGUCUACCAAUACCAUGGAAUCCUUCAUACAGUCCAAAGGAUGGUAGUCCACUAUCCGGGGGACACCCUUAUCUACCCAAUCAGGGUUUUCCAAGAGUGCCAUCACCAGGAUCAUUGCCACCAGGUGUACGAGUUCCUGGAUCAGGGCUUGCAGGUCAACAAACUGAUGGUUCUAGGACUACCAUUACUGGAGGCGUAACAACUGGUGUUCAAGGAUUUAUUCCUCCCCAAGAUGGUGCAAAGGUAUCUGGAAUUCCACCAGAAUUUCCUCAAAACAGCAUACCUCUUAGACCUGUUGCGAUACCAAUCCAACCUAAUCCGGGAAGUAGAAGGCCACCAUCAAACAUUCCAAGUCACUCGAGAAGACCUCACUCUGAGGAAAAAGGGCUCCCUAUUCCUGAAACUUCUGCUGGUACUCACAGGACAAGACAUCAGCAUGGAGGGAAACGCAGACAAGGGCAUCGAAAAGUGUCCAGGACAUCUGCAGAAACCAGCCAAGAAACACCAUUCGGCGUUGGAAUUCAACAGACACAGCCAAAUGUGUCUCCAUCUUCGUUUUCUCCACCUAAUGAUACGACAGCGGCGAAAGGCCCCAGGAGGCGCGGUAAUGGACGGCGUAGACAGCAACAGGAUGACUCUGGCGUUGCUGGCACAGGUCGUCGAAAUAAGGACAGAGGCAGCAGACGGAAGCAAAGAUCGAGAUAUCAAUGGGCUGAAAAAGGUUUCACUCCCUGCUCGAAACCGUGCGGGGGAGGUAAUCAGACGACCAUUCUUUCCUGCGAAAGGCGAAGAAAGAAGACUGUGGUUUCUGACAGACGUUGUGAGCAUCUACCUCGUCCUAAAACUCAUACAAUCAUGUGUAAUCUAAAGCCUUGUCCAGCUACAUGGUCACCAGGUGAGUGGGGUCCAUGCAGUGUCACCUGUGGGAUGGGUGUCCAAACGAGGCCGUUGAUCUGCAAGCAGCAGAUUUCUCCGACGUUCACGAUGAUGGUUCCUGAGGGUGCCUGUCUGUCACCCCCUUCAGUUUCCACUUCACAGGUUUGUGAAAUGGGUCGUUGCCCGAGUACCUCCCCCGAGUGGGACACGGGCCCCUGGAGCAAUUGUUCUGCACCGUGUGGCUUCGGGAGCCGUAGUCGUGAAGUACGAUGUCUGUUAGGGGGGAUACAAGUAGACGACGAAUCGUGUGACGCGGAAAGUCAGCCGGAGGAGGAACAAGGUUGCGAUAUGGGAUCCUGCGCUACGAAUACUUGGUUCUUUUCAGAGUGGGCUGAUCAGUGUUCCGAAUCUUGCGGCACAGGGAUACAAACACGCAAGGUACACUGCCUAAUGUCCAGUUUGGGCUCCGAUGGAGACUGUCCGGCCGAAACACGACCCGAAGCUUCCAGAACUUGUAGGGGUGACGUUGGCUGCGGUGGACAAUGGUUCGCUGGUCCCUGGGGAGACUGCAGUUCUCCCUGCGGCGUCGGGAGGGAAACCAGGAGCGUCAUCUGCGUCGUGAUGACGAGGAAAGAAAAGUGGAAGGUUGUCGAGGACGACCAAUGCACCUCCUUGUCACGUCCUCACGAUUCGCAAGAAUGUAACGUCGAGCCUUGUGCGCCCGAGUGGUACACUUCGGAGUGGUCACAUUGUUCAGCAUCCUGUGAAGGUGGGGUCAUGCGACGGGAGGUGACAUGUUUGGACGCCCACCUCCGCCCAUCGGCUGACUGCUUCAACGCCAGCAAGCCCGCCCCCAGGGAACCUUGUAACCUCCACCCUUGCACCAUCACUGAUAGCUCUGUCUUGACUACAACUGUUUCAUCGUUAUUUGGGCCCUCUUCUAAUUUCACACUAGUAGGUGGCGAAGGCACAGGAGGCUCAAAAAGUGGAACAGAGGACCGAGUCGGAAUUAGAGAAGAAGGGAAGGAUGGAGAAACGGCUAGAGAAGGAUUAACCUCGGAGGAUUACCAAGAAAACAGUGAUGAGAUCGAGAACGAGCUGAUCGUCGAGGAAGUGUCCGGGAAUGCCCUCAACGUCAUCCCUGACAAGGACGCCCAGGGAGAUGAGUCUGUGGCCGAUGAGGACGCAGACGAAGAUGAGGAUAGAGAUGACGAAGAGGAGGCCGAGAAAAAGAAGAGGAAAAGGAAGAAGAAUAAGGAAAAGGGAGACAAAGGUGACCGUGAAGCGGAAGAGGUGAGCGAUGGAGUCGAUUCUUCAUCUGCAACUUCAUCCCCACCAACAGCAAGAGCAUCGUGUAUCGACCGUAUCAAGAACUGUCACCUCGUCUUCCGAGCACGAUUAUGCCGUCUCAAGUAUUACAACAAGCUUUGCUGCCGCACCUGCAGCGCAAGUUGAAGAGGGAAGGCGACGGAUGUCACAGAAAAUGGGAAGAAAUCGACACCAAAGAAAACUGUGUUCGACGUAGCAUUCAAGAGUGAAAAAGCUCGAGCUAUACCAUGUUGAUAGUGCAAGUUUUACAUUUUUUUCUGCUCUAUGUUGUGAUGAAAAUACUAGUGAGAAUGCUGGUAAAAACCUUGUAUAUAAUAGUAGAUUCACAAUUGCAAAUAAAAAAAACUGCUGAGGUGUUGUAAUCACUCUUGGUGCAUAACUGCUAAGUGUCACACGCACACCUCUGCUAAAUGUUAAAUUUAUAAAAUGACGUUAUUAACAAAGAUAUGCUAGACUUUAGAUAUACCACAACAGUAUGAAUGCUGUGAUGAAGAUAAUCAUAAAAUACAGACUUCCGAUAAUGUGUGCGAGUGAGAAUAAGAUAUCUAAACUUAAGGAUUUUGGUGAUAAGAAGUAAUUUAAUCUUCGAAAAACUUUGAAAUUUGCAAGUGUUCUUCAAGUAAAAACGAGUUACUCUUGAAUCAAUAGACUUGCUUCAGAAAAAGGAAACACGUUUAAACUGCUGUAUGUAUAUUGGAGGGAAGAGUGAUUUUGAAAAAUCAAGGAAGUUAUUGCAAUAAUAGGACAUUAUUAAUAUGAAACGCUUCUUUGCGUUGUUAUUUUCACAUUUUGUUCUGAUUCUGUUACUAUGCUUUUUGUAUAGAUGGAAUAGGCUAUUCAUUAUUGCCAUUUAAGAGGUUUAGAACAAUCUAAAUGAAAAGUGUCUGCAUACUAGUGGUAGCUCAUGCAACCAUUCAUUCACAUUUGUGUCUAUGUAAUCUUAGUCAUUUCUUCAUUUGAAUUUCAUAUUAGUGCUAUGCAGUCCGACACCCACACAGACAGAACCACCAACAAACACACACACACACACACACACACACACGCAUAUAUAUAUAUAUAUAUAUAUAUAUAUAUAUAUAUAUAUAUAUAUAUAUAUAUAUAUGUGUGUGUGUGUGUGUGUGUGUGUGUGUGUGUGUGUGUGUGUAAAUAAAUUCUUCUUUAAAACAGGAUACGUCUCAAGUAUAAAAGGCCCAUUAAAACACUUGGGUUUAAAGCUAAGGACUAUAUUUUGAUGGACUGACUCCAACCCUUAUCAAGUGGUAAAUGACAGAAGUUACAUUGGUGAAAUAUAUAGUGGGAGAUAUGCCCUUAGGUGAAGCCUAGGAUCACUGCUAAACCAACGUUGGUUCUGUUAAUUGUCUUAAUCCAUUUCAUCAUUGCCAUAAGGAAGAUAUUGUCUAUUUGGUCAGAGUCCCAGGCUCCAAUGGCAAGGUUGAUUCUAUUAUCGUGUUGUUUUAUAAGUGAAGAUUCUACCAUCUGACAUUUGUAUCACCAGUUGCUCGCAUAAAAUUUGGGAUGAGUUCCAAUCCAUGGUAUGGUUCAUGUUAUUUAUAUGAUGGAAAAUUGCUGAACUAUGCUGUCCAUAUCUAACUGAGUGCUUCUGUGGAGUUAAUCUUUCUGUGAGAUUUUCCUUUGAAUCCAUUGUAUGACUUAUCACAAUCUCUACAGGGGAUUUCAUAAACUCCCACGUCUUUAGAAACUGAUUUCUGCUGAACGUUAAGAAUUUCCCCCAAUGUAUUUGGAUAAGUGAAGAUGAAAGGGUUGGAGUGGCCUAAGGUUUGUGUGAUCUCUUGUAAAUUAUCCACGUAGGGAUUAUAAUUUUGUUUGUGUAUUUUUCCUUUUCUUUGUUUUCUGUUAGUUUGUAAAAAUUGCUCUUUGCUUUAUGUAUGGCUUUUUCUAUUAUGUGCUUGGGGUUUUAACAAGUUAAGUUGAUUUCUGAUUGUUUCAAGUUCUUUGUUAAGAAAAUCUGGGGAACAAAUUCUCAGGACUCUAAGAAAUAAGUUACUUGCUAUGCCGACUUUAACUGAAAUGUCAUGAUAGCUGUAAAAAUGUAUGUAUGAGAGUGUGAAUGUCACUUUCCUGAAUAUAGUGAAUGUGAAGUAGUUGUCAUUAGUUUUGAUGAUUAAUGCAUCUAAAAACGGAAUUUAUUUAUUGUUUUUCCAUUCUACUUUAAAUUCUAUGCUCGGGACCAAGGAACUUAGUUUUUAUAGAAAGACAUCAAAAUCGCCCUACACACUUUUCCAGUAUGUUAAUAUAUCGUCUACAUGACGAAGCCAAAUCAUACCUCCAGGUUUGAUAGGGUUUAUUGUUACUGUUUCGAAAUACUCCGUAUAUAAGGUUGCUAACAAAGGAUUGAGCGGACGCCCCAUACUGCAACUGAAUUUUUUAUAGUAAAAGUUACCACCAAAGGAAAAGACACCAUUGGUGACGUAGAUCAUAGGAUCAACCUUUCCAAUGGAGACUGGGACUCUGACCAUAUAGACAAUAUCUUCCUUAAGGCAACAAUGAAGCGGAUUAAGACAAUUAACAGAGCCAACGUCAGCUUAGCAGUGACCCCAGGCAUCACCCAUAUAUUUCACCAAUUUAACUUCUUCUGCCAUUCACUAACUGAUAAAAAGGUAGGAGUCAAUACACCAAAAUAUAGUCCUUAGCUUUAAACCAGAGUGUUUUAAUGGGCCUUUUAUACCUGAGAUAUAUAUUUGUACAUCUAUAUAUAUAUAUAUAUAUAUAUAUAUAUAUAUUAUAUAUAUAUAUAUAUAAACUGUGUUGCCUCUGGACGAAAGUUUCAGCGAACUUCUUGGAAAGUGAAUUCAAGGAAUAAAAAAUAAAUUCAAUAAUGACAUGCACAUAUUUUAUCAGCUCCACAUUGGAUCAAAUUACUAAAAAAAACUACAGCUCAUACUACGUAGACCUGUCAAGGUGUGAUAUUCUAUGGGACCCAAAUGCACCCAUGACUACUAUGGUAAAGCACUGUUACGUGUUUAGCUUUUGGUUGAAACGAAUGGAGGCAGUUGGUUAUGCUUACCAGGUUCAUGUAAAGGCAAAUUUUGGGUGUAAAAGGAGUAUAUAUAACAUUUAUUGAAACUUGAUAGGAAUUGAAUGUUAUCUAAGGAAAACAUGUUCAAGCAAAUUUGAAAGCAUGACAUUUAGAGUUUUACGUGGCAUUAGUGCCCCUAUACUGUACAUACAUACAUACAAACACACACACACAUAUAUAUAUAUAAUGGCAUAAAUGUUUGGCAUCGGUUAAUGGCGUUUGGUUACUGACGACUUCAACCAGAGUUUCUAUGCUGGUAAGGGGUUUAUACUGGCGCUUAGCCGACAGCCGGACCACUGCCGAUAACUGGGGACUAC